GGUUUCGGCCUUGGUUUUGCAACGCUAACUCUUCUUUUGGAGUCAUCAGGACUGGGAUUGUAAAUGGGGAUCAGCGUCACUUUAGAAAGGUGCGGGGAGAUUGCAGCUGUCGCAGGUUUUGCGCCGGUAGUAGCUGAGAAAAGAGGGGUGAGGCACUAGGAGGAGCCGCCGUCUCCGGCAAAAACCAGGUGUCUGCAAAGAGGUGGCGAUGGUGGAGAAGCCGCCGCCGGGUCUCCCGGUGACUUUUUACCAGGAGUCCCCGAAUGGCGUACUGGUUUCUGUUAUCAAAACCACCUCUGUCAAGCCGUUCUCCAGGGGCAGAGGUGAGGAGCUAACACUUCCCCCGCCCAUCCUCAUCAGUCCUGGCUUCAGCGACUUCAUGGUUUACCCCUGGUGCUGGGGAGAGAAUGCCCACAAUGUGACCUUUAGCCCUCGUGGCUCCGCCAUCCCUUCAUUCGUCCAACAACCCCGUGGGGGACCAGCUAGAGCCUGCAGCAGAGAAGAAGAGGAGGCGAGUUGUAGCCUCAAGGAUGGGAGAAGACGUGGCCGACCAAGAGCAGACACAGUUCGUGACCUAAUUAAUGAAGGAGAGCAUUCUUCUAGCAGAAUACGCUGCAAUAUCUGCAACAGGGUGUUUCCACGAGAGAAAUCACUACAGGCACACAAACGAACUCAUACUGGUGAAAGACCUUAUUUGUGUGACUACCCAGACUGCGGGAAAGCCUUUGUUCAGAGUGGGCAACUCAAAACUCACCAGCGUCUUCACACAGGGGAAAAGCCUUUCAUCUGCUCAGAGAAUGGGUGUUUAAGCAGAUUCACACAUGCAAACCGUCAUUGCCCCAAACACCCAUAUGCCCGGCUGAAGAGGGAAGAACUCACAGUCAGACUGAGUGAAAAACAGAAGGCUGACAAUAAAGCUGCAGCUGAGUGGCUAGCGAAAUACUGGGAGACUAGAGAACAGCAUGCUCCCACUUUGAAAAGUAAAACAAUCCAGAAAAUGGAUCAGGAACAGAAGGACCAGAUGGGAUUUCUUCAGUCUAAUGAAGAGGAUGAUGAAGAUAAAAAUAACGCUCAUUCAACAGCUCGACGCAGCCUCCAGGAGCAGCGUGAACACAUGCAUGGUGCAUUGGCUCUUAUUGAGCUUGCAAACCUAGCUGUGGCACCCCUGUGACAGUAGCAUAGGAAUGGAGUCUGCCUUUAUGAAAUGGUGGUACUUGGUGGUCCUUAACCAGUCAGAUCCUGGGCACCUUAUUUAUUUGUCAUAGGCUGCUGUUCUGUAGAAUUUAUAGUGAUUGCUGUUGCCCCAUAAUAUGGGGUGAGAGAGUUGCACUUUUUGUAAGGUAAAAGACAAAUGUAAAGUUUAAGUAUCUUGUAAAUAUGGAACCACAUAAUGCAGGGUGGACAAACUUCAUGUUGUGAGAAGCUAGAAUUUUGCAAGGUUAACUCAUUAUUUGAAACUGUUUUCACAGAAAGCACAGUUUGUGGUUAGCAGAAUGGUACACAUGUCCAAAGAAGUCUGAUAAACGGAAAGUAUUUAUCUCACUGUUUAAGCAAAACUAUAUUAAGUGGUAGGUCUGAAGAUACUGUAAGCAGCAAUGGAAUCAAGUUUUCUAAUGUUGGUAUAUUUUUGCCUGUAAUAACUAAGGCAGAAGAUAACUUGUAGAAGGGAAGAAACUGCUUCAUGCAGGAAGUUGUAAGAUCAGGAUCUUCACUGCAACUGUUCAAGUUAUGUGUCAUGGUUUAGGGACAAUAUGAGACUUGACUUUGCUGUUUUGUGGGAUUUUUUAAUUUGAUCUCAGCAGAAUCUUUUGGUUUGAGUAGUACAAGUUAUUCCUAAUGUAUGAUGUUAGGAACUUUUGCACAUUGUUGUGUUUAUCUGAAAAUGAUUAGUCUUGCAAAGGCUAGACAGAGGUAAACAAUUGGUAAUAUUUUUUAGAUAUUUUUGGACCCUUUAAUGAUUUGGCACUUGCUUUUGUUAAUAAAGGGGGUAUUGACGGGAUGGUAUUGAUUUGUACUAAGCUAUUUUAAAUCUCCUGUUAGCAAACACUGAGUUAUAAAAUAUUGCUCUUAUAUGAUUAUUAUCAAAUAGGAGCCUUCAUACUCGCUGUGCAUAAAGGAUAACAUGCCAGUCUUGUGUUCACUAACUGUAGCACAGCUAUCAAUUAAACAUGUCAAAAAAAAGUAUUCACUAUAUAACCAGAAAAUGGGCUUCCAAAGGUAAUUUUGAGUAUGUUAACUGUGUGAUUUCAUAUAUUUCCCAAAUAAAUGAAGGUACCGAACACUGCCUAGUGCUCUAAAAUGCAGAUAAAAAACAUUUAGCAGUACAUUUUAUCACCUCAUGAGUCUUGUGUACUUUCAAAUACCAUUGUCUCAUGGUGAUUUCUUUCUGUAUUUUUCUUGGAAGGCAACCAGAGAUCCAUAAUAUGCUACAGAAAUUUUGUUUCCAAAUUGGAUAAACUCUUUGGUUGAGCUACUACUUUAGGGGAUGUUAAUAAGUUAUAUUUACUGACCCACUUGCUCCUAACUCCUCCCUCUCAUUGAAGGUCAGGAAAUUCAGAUAAGAAUUCAGACUUUCCCUCUUUCUUAAGUGAGAAGAAAAAAAAUUGUUCAGUUACUUGAUAUAGACUGACUAGCUGCAUAGAGCUGUUUCAGAAAAGUAGUAAUUCUACAGUGGAAACUGCAAUUGUUGGGUUAUGUUCUCUAAUAAUUGAUACCUGUUGUGGUAGAAAUUGUAUUAAAUCAGUUUGUUUAAAAUAAUGUAUUAAUGCACUCCAGUUUUUGUCUUUUGGACUUAUUGAAAUGAAACACUUUAUAGUCAUUUCAGGCUUCUUAGGCUAUGUUAAACUACCUAGCAAUUCAUGGCUGUGGGUUUAGAAUCUUUCAGUUACAUGCUUUUGACUGUUCUCUUGGCUGCAUACCAAUAGUCUGAUCUCAAAAUGUGCCUUGUGCAUGAAUUUCUUGUACUUGUGAUUCAUAACUUGAAAUUGCUUGAGUGGUAUUUCACAGGGCACAAGACUAAUCACCAGCCAGUUGCAGAUCCAAGUCAUAACUUAAUUCCAUAGAACUGAUUUUCCCAAUCAUCUGUAGUGCUUUUGACAACUUGUAAAAUACUUCUUUCAGUAUGACAAGUAGAAUUUUAUGUAGCUGUAGAAAAAUUUCAGACAGCUCAAGUACUUGUGUGUAAGUAACAGUUUUUGGGUAAAAUAACAAGUAGAAUAACUGAGGUGGAAGACUGCUUUUGUUUUUAUUAAAAAGUGAUUGCAUGCAAGAAAUACUGGUGUGUUCUAAGCUUUAUAAGGUUAAGCUGUAGUUUGGCAUGAUUUAACAGCA